UUUCAAAAAUAAGCGCCACCUACAGUGAAUAAACUAAACGAAAAUCGUCAAGUUGCCGCAUCCCGCCGCUAGAUGUCUACCAUUGACCCAGUUCUUGCUUCUCGUAAAAAUAGCGCCGUACAAUAGCUCAAACACUAUUUAUAUCGCGUAUCUCUAAAAUCUGACUCCACAUGCUUAUCUCAAGCCGCACCAUCACUCCACAGAAUCAGCUGAACCGUACGCCUACCGCGCAACGCACGGUUUAUACAUAUCUAAAAAAAUAUAUGUAAAAUCGAUACGCGCUCAGUUGUUUUCUGUCCCACAGUAGUCCUCGCUAGCGUUAGCAUUAGUAAACAAGGGAUCAUGUUUUAAAGAUGGAAGUUAAAAGAUACAUUAGGAGUGAAUCCGCGAGUUGUGCUCAUAUGGUCGAAGAAAGUGCAGCGAACAAUAGAAAGAGCGUUGAUCCCCAUGAGAAGUUGAAAGCGUUGUUGAAUUCGCCUGAGGAUGACACGGAUGACAGCUUGCCUCCAUCUGACGCUCCUAAAUUCGGGACAGUUAUCCACAACAGGAUAUUCGUAGGAGGGUUCUCUUUGACGACGACGGAUGAGGACUUGUGGAAGUUUUUUUCUGGGUUCGCGACUGUGACAGCUGCGAGGGUCAUUUACGACAGAGCUGGAGUGUCCAAGUGUUAUGGCUUUGUGACAUUUGCUAGCCCGAGGGUCGCGCGGUUGAUCGUCAAACAGAGUGGAGGUGUUAUGUUCUCACCGCUGGGCCGUUUGCGAGUGGCGCAGGCGGUCAGGAAGCAGAUGAGCCAACUCCCAGUCCUAGGCUCCGAGGCGGCGCCGCUCCCCGCCCCCCUCUGCUACCAGUUGCUGUGCGCGCCCCCUCUGGCGCCCUUACCCGCGUGCGCGCCCUGUGAACUGCCCCCGCCACCGUACGCCAUGUAUCCACUACCAUUUGACAAUACGUACAUCAUUGAUAGACAAGCAACCCCAGCGCUUUAUGCCCCACCAACGCAGUACACUUUAGUGCCAGCGCCAUACUCCGCCUGCUGCGAGCCCUCAUGCUGCGCCCCCCUUGACAAGCAGCCCCGCGUGCCGCCACCCCCUCUCCACCCUGCGUAUAUUUACUGAACUAUUCGCUGAGGGGUUUGCGAUGGACUAGAUGCUAUCCAGAAUUUCGUUCAUUUGCGAUAUGAUUCAGUACAUUUCUGAGAUUUUUUUUAAGUAUCAGCUCUGAUGACUAGGUGCUGUUCUCAAGCUUUUUUCUUGAUAUCUUAUUGUAUGAUGCCUUUGUCAUAUUUUUCUGGAAUAUCUAUGAAAGGCUUAUUUCAGCUAAAACUAAGUUAUCAAUAGAAAUGAAUCAUCUGCAACACGUUUAGGUACGUAUAACAAUAGACGGUGUUAAUAAAGUAAUACUUAAUGUUAUUUCAAGAAUGGACAAAGAGAUAUUUUGUAAAUUGUUGGCAUGUUUGAUAACACUUCACAUUUGACAUUUUGCACACGAGAGAGUUCAAGCGAGCAAAAUGGAAUUGGAAUUUGAGGAUGAUAUUGCUGCUGAAAAUGUUUAUAAAGUGUAAAGGGAAACCACGAUACGAGAAUUUAAUUGUCAUACAUUAUAAAGGUUUUAUAGGCCAUGAAAUAUUGGUUACUUUUCUUUGUAAAUCAGCAUCUAGUACAUCAGUCCUGUCACAAAUCUUCCUCAUUUCGUUAUUUUGUGAUUUUCCCACCAGACUAAAGUCUAAAUUCAAAACAGUUUUUAUUUCGGGCCGUUCAUUUAAUCAAGUCUUCCAAACAUCACCACGCUCAAGGCAACUGUUUCUUACAUUAUUUUCUUUUCUUAAGAAUGUGUGAUGGAUUUCAUUGUUGACAAUGAAAGAAAGAAAGAAAGCAAGAAAGAAAAGUCAUUUAUUCGAUAAAGCACACAUACACGGAACAAAAAUAUGAAAAAUAGUGAAAGAUAAAAGGAUAACAACAACAUCAGACAUAAUUAUAUACACAGACAGAAAAA